AUGUAUGCCUUCUGGACAUCUUACCUUGAGAUGGCUGAGCUGCUGCUGCUCGGUUUAAGAGGUGCAAGAGAAGGAAACUGGGAGCUACUGUCAACCAUCCGUGACAUGAUGCCUUGUUCAAGGGAAAUACUUGACCAUGACCCUGAUAAAACUGAUGUCUUAUUGGCCUGCAAUCUCAGUUCAAGGGAAAUACUUGAUCACGACCCUGAUAAAACUGAUGUCUUAUUGGCCUGCAAUCUCAGUUCAAGGGAAAUACUUGAUCACGACCCUGAUAAAACUGAUGUCUUAAUGGCCUGCAAUCUCAGUUCAAGGGAAAUACUUGACCAUGACCCUGAUAAAACUGAUGUCUUAAUGGCCUGCAAUCUCAGUUCAAGGGAAAUACUUGAACACGACCCUGAUAAAACUGAUGUGUUAUUUGCCUGCAAUCUCAGUUCAAGGGAAAUACUUGAUCACGACCCUGAUAAAACUGAUGUGUUAUUUGCCUGCAAUCUCAGUUCAAGGGAAAUACUUGACCAUGACCCUGAUAAAACUGAUGUCUUAUUGGCCUGCAAUCUCAGUUCAAGGGAAAUACUUGACCAUGACCCUGAUAAAACUGAUGUCUUAUUGGCCUGCAAUCUCAGUUCAAGGGAAAUACUUGAUCACGACCCUGAUAAAACUGGUGUUUUGUGUACCAGCAAUCUCAGUUCAAGGAAAAUACUUGAUCACGACCCCGAUACAACUGGUGUUUUGUGUACCAGCAACCUCAGUUCAAGGGAAAUACUUGAUCAUGACCCUGAUUAA